UCUUCAGGCACAGAAGUCUGGUUGAGCCGACACUCUUUCGGGCCUCACUUUGAACCACAGAACCACAAGUGCGGUGCAGCCUACAUCUCAAGACUGCACCUGAACCUCAGCGGGUUUAUUUUUUUUAAGGCAGAGGCCACCCACCACCCCUUCUCAGCUGGACCUCCGCACAUUUAUGUGUAACGUUCUAAAGAGUGACAAAGGGAAAAGAAAAAAACCACAAGGACCAAGAGUAUCAUCUGCAACGGACCAUGGCAUCCAACAGCAUAUUCGAUUCAUUUACAACCUAUUCACAGACCUACUUGCGGGAUCCCAGCACUAGCAGGCGCUUCACUCCUCCGUCCACCACGCUGACACCCAGCUCGGGGAAGAUGAGCGAACCGGUCUCACUGACUCAGCCCAACCCUGCAGGGCUGUCCCGGAUCCGGCCCGAGACCCGCACGGUGGUCGAUGUCCUGCAGGAUCACGCUGGCGAACUGGUCCGGACUGACAGCCCCAACUUCCUGUGCUCGGUGCUGCCUUCACACUGGAGAUGUAACAAAACGCUGCCUGUGGCAUUUAAGGUGGUGGCCCUGGGGGAUGUUCCUGAUGGCACCUUGGUCACAGUGAUGGCUGGAAACGACGAGAAUUACUCGGCGGAGCUCCGGAACGCGUCGGCCGUCAUGAAGAACACAGUGGCCCGGUUCAAUGACCUCAGAUUUGUGGGAAGAAGCGGACGAGGUAAAAGCUUCACACUGACAAUCACUGUAUUCACCAGCCCUCCUCAAGUUGCCACCUACCACAGAGCCAUUAAAGUCACUGUGGACGGACCUAGAGAGCCUCGCAAAACCAUUGAGUUCCAGAGGGCCUUCUUCAACCGAGAGAGUCAUUACCACAAUCAAAGAUACAGCAUGACCAUUCAGCAAGGGCACAGACAAAAGCUUGAAGACCAGGCAAAGCCGAGUACACUUUUCUCAGAUCGCCUAAGUGAGCUGGAGCGUUAUCGGCAGACAGCUAUGAGGGUUGGUCCAUCAACACCCAGCCCCCGGCCUCUUGGUGUGCCCAGCCACUUCAGCCCGCAAACCCAAACACAGAUGCAGGGUACUUCGGACAUCAGCCCAUUUGCAGACCCUCGCCAAUUUGAGCGUCAGUUUCCAGGACUAUCCUCGCUUACAGAAGCUCGUUUUUCAGAUCCACGCAUGAACUACCCUGGCGCUAUGUCUGCCGCUGCUUUCACUUACGCCAGCACUCCAUCCACAGGUGGCAUUGGGGGCAUUAGCAUGACAGGCAUGGCAGCCACAGCCCGUUACCAUACCUACCUGCCACCACCCUAUCCUGGGUCAGCCCAGAACCAAAGUGGACCCUUUCAGACAAGUGUCUCACCAUAUCAUCUCUACUAUGGUGCCUCCACUGGAUCGUACCAAUUUUCCAUGGUUGCGGGAGACCGCUCACCGACCAGAAUGCUGCCUUCUUGCACCAGCGCAUCGAGUGGAAGCACACUCAUGAAUCCCAAUUUGGCCAAUCAGAAUGAUGUUGUGGAUGCUGAUGGCAGCCAAAGUAAUUCUCCAACAGCAAUGACCACCACAGGGCGAAUGGACGAAUCGGUCUGGAGACCUUAUUAGAAUGCCAAAGAUGAGUGAGCAGCAGGAAUUGUUCAAAGAUAAAACCUUCUUUCUGUGAACAUUAAAUCAUUCUAGCUGUAGUUGAGAGAAUAGUGGAAAGAAAAUAUCCUAAUAUCUCCAUGUACAGAGUUUGAUUUUUGGCUAAAGGUACUUACUGUAUAUACAAUCAAAUGGUGAGCUAUGGUGGAAAAUAAUCAGUUUACUUUAUUGUUGCUAAGUACCCACCAAGUCAAAAUGACUUCCAACCAAAGAUAAUGACCAUCAUAUUUCACAAAUAACAAAGAGAUUGACAUUGGUUGGAUAUAAUUGACAUUUUAGCCUUUCACAACAAUCAUUUGUUGGUCAAUUGCAGUUAUAUAAUUGUAAUUGACCAUGUGGAUACUGGAUUGUUUUCUGCUAAUGGUGGGACCAUACGUAGUGUUUCGACACUUGUGUUUUUUAAUUGAAUUGAAGUUGACAGGACUCUCUCUUAACCUGCACAGAAUUUUCGCAGCUAUUGAAAAUAAAAUAGGCCUCUUUUAACAGACUACUGUGUAAAGACGAGAAGAAUCUUGUAGUCAUGCCUCCGCUUUUAUCUUUAGAACAUGCACAAUGCUUGUGUAUUUUAUCAGCGGUACAAACAAGCCAUGUUGAAGUUCUCAUGAAGACCAAAAACAGGAAAAAAAAGGCCACAAGACAUUAUCUAGUGACUGUUGAGUAAACUUUGGAAAAAUGUGUUAUGAUGUUAUUGUCCGCAUUACUUUUUACAAAUGAGGUAGUGGUACACAAGCCACUUGAUUUAUAAAAGCAUUAGACAUUGAUAUCCUGAAGUCACCCAAACAUGGAGACUUCAGCUAAAGUUUCUGUGUGAUGAAUGAGGACCAAAUCAAAAACCUAGGUCCCGAUCAAAAGGGCGCACUUAGAAAUGUUUCUGAAAACCAGUGUAUUGUAUUGUGUUUGUGUAAGAAAUGUGUGGAUCAGUCAUUUUGGGAUAUUUAAAAAAUUACUACUUACAUCUUUGUCCCCAAUGGGCAGGGUUAUUUUCAUGAACUAACUGUGGAUUUUGGUUUUACUGCACUCCUUAGGGCAAGCUGUGUAUGCUGAUUUAGAACACACAUACUAUUCUGGCAGAAUCUGUUUAUUUUAAUAUUUGAAUACAUCACCACAAAUGAGCUGCAACUUUCUCUAAAUCUACAUCACAUGUACAAAUAGCAGAAUAUCUUUAUAUUUACCACUGAAUCAAUAGAAACCAGAUACAUGCUCCAAUGGAUCCAGGAUUAGACUAAAUUAGUAUCUAAUCAAUUAGUUCACUCGUUGUGAACUGCAGCUUAAAAUGCACAGAGAGACACAGUGCUACUGAUCAGCUUGUGAAGUUCUUUAACUGUUUGGUGGAGUUGUGAUAAGUGCUCUUAUGGAUCUAGCAGCGUGAAAAUCUGAUGGCACAUUACAUAAAAAUGUCUCUGUACUAUACAAGUCCUUGCAUGAAUAAUAUGCAUGUAUAGUAUGUAUUCCACAACCAGUUACAAUGCAGCUUUUAGCUAGUAACCCAUACUUUUCACUUUGCACCUCUCAAAAAAAAAUUAAUUGAUGAAAACAUAAGUACUUGUUCUUCAAAUAAUGAUGUAACCUUGUGGUGAUUUCAUCAGAUCUUUAUUGUUUACAUAACAGUGUAAGACAAAACAUUGCUGUAGAUAUGGGGAAGAGCAAUACUUCUGGUAAAGAUGAUUUUAACAAAAAGAUAGAAUACCAUCUUGGUUACCCUAAAUAAUCUUUAUUGAACCAGCCAAAAAAUAGCAAAUCUAGUGCCUAAAGAAGUAUAGGUUUCUGGAAGGCUAUCAUCAACUUAUUCUCCUAGCUGUAUUCCAUUUAUUUCAUGUAUCAAAGAACAUCCAUCAUCUUCAUCUACACUCAGUCUACAAUGUGGUAACAUGGCUAGGUGUUACACGUACCACAACACUUAGCACACUACCAAAGCAAAAAAAGACCUUCAAGUUUCUUUGUCAGUGGACUAAGUUUCAUCAAUAUUCUUAAGGUGUGUAUGUACUUAUUCAUCGAACAGAGCAUUAAGGAUGGGUUUGCAAAGUGAUUAUCUUAAUGUGAAGUGACUACCCUAAAUUGCCUUGUAAAACACUGAUGCAUACAUUAAUGUUUAAUUGGAAAUUAUUUGUCAGUAGCCACUAGCAGCCUUAAAUAUAUUUUAGCUUGUGUGUGCUUUUACUUGUGUUUUACAUUUACCAUAAAUAAUGUUCCUAUUGGUCUGUUCUUUCAGGGAUUAUUUGGCUAUUAAUGUGAAAGAUUGGAGUUUGUUACACCUGGGUUUUGAAAUCAUCCAGUCACAGUUGGGGAAUUUUUAAAAAAAUGAACAAAACCUUUAAAGGUAACUGCUUAAUUCUAAAUUUUUGAUUCUUCUCAAUUCAUCAUGAAGCUUGCACAUUAACAAUUAAUAAGAUUUUUUUUAUGACUGCCCAAUGUAAAAUCCGAGUGAAUUAAAUCAAAUGGCUAUGCUGUUAUAAACAAUGUUUAAGGGCAAUUAUAAAUUGCCAAUCUUUAAAUUUCUCAGUUCUUUUUUUACUAAGAGACUGUAGUGUGUUUUUUUUUAAUCCUCAAGUACAUUUUGUUGUAGUCAGGUACAAAACAUGCAACUUUCACGAGUGCAGUAGCUGCCUGAAUGUGGAAGUUCAGUUUACAAAAAGCAUUCAGACAAGUCACAGAUGCCACUACAAAGUUUCUCAACCCAUUUAUUGCUAUGGGAUAUUGCUGCUUCAUGGAAAACAAUCUAAACUGGGGUAUUUAGUCAUAUGUAAAGAACAGGGAAGAUUUCACUUAAGUACAAGAAGAUUUUAAAGGUUUUGAAGGCUGAACAAUAUCCCAUUGAUUCUUAUUCCAUGGGAUGGAUUUAGACUGGGACUGCACUUGCUAAAGGAUAUAUUUCAAACCAUAUGAAAGCUAUUUUGACAUCCAAGAUGUUAUUACAAGUUAAUAUGUUCAACAAUUGAUGUUACAUGGUUGACAUAAAGCAAUACAUUUUGAGCCAAUGGUUUGUAUUACAUACCUUUGGUAUAAAUAUAUUUAUUUUCCAUAAAGAGAAUCAAAAUAUAACCUUAUUGAACACAGCCUUGUAGCUUCAGAAAGUCCAUAGAAAAUGUGUCUCUAAAAAACAGUGCCAGCUUAACAUUUUCCAUCUUAUCUCUUAUAAGCGUAAAGUCUCCUUUGUAAUUUAUUUAUUAAGAGUGGGAGCUGGAAGCUGUCCACAUACAGACAUUUAUAUUUCUGUACAGAUGUAUCUUAUUUGGAUUAAGCAGUAGCACUUAUAUGAGGGUGUCAGGUUACACACUUUAAAGUUUGUGUCAGUGCGAAUUCCAUCCUAUUUAAUAAUUGAAUUUAUUUGUUUUUCAAAAGGUUAAUUAUCUGCCAAGCUGGGCUUUUUAAAAGAUUGGAAUAUUUUUUUUCUUACUAGAGAAGUGACAAUUCUAUGCUAAGCUGUGAGUUUAGGCUGCAGGCAGCAACAUGGAAAGCAAAGCACCAGAUCAGUUUGUUCAGAUAUAUCCAAUGUUACAAACCUGAUCCUCACAAGGGUUUUCUAGUUAGUUCAAUAUAGUGAGCCAUAAUGGGGGGCACGGGAUAGAAAAUCCUUUGUUUAUUAUCGUCAAAAAGCCCACUGAGCACUAAAGGAAAAUCUGGGUAGCCAAAUAAGCAGUCAAAUCAACUUCAAAGCAGCUUCCCUUUUUGGCCACUUUCUGUUAUCCAUGAUUGGUGAUCAGUAUUUGAUAGUUGCAAAUAGCUGCCUGGCCACAGUUUCUUGCACCCAUCCCCAACUCCUACCCCAUUGUGACUGGAAACAUAAUAUGAUCAGCCACAGAUCUGCUGAUUUAGAUUAGAAGCUACAGGACAGAUGUUCUGAUAUUGUCACAGGUCAUUGAUAUCUGGGACAUUUGAUGGACAUUGCUGUGUACAUGGGAGUAACUGAAAAAUCCAAGUUUUCUUCAACCAUCCAGUUCCACCGGAACAAGAUGGACGUCUCAUAGAUUCCAGCACUGAAACCAAGCCAACAAAGUAGCACGUGCACUAAUCCAUUUUUGGAUUCCAAUCUGAGUUUCUAAUUUUUUUUAAAUAUCCCUGCCUAGAGCUUGCUACUAUCGUAAUCCAAAAUUAGAGAACUCGUCCGAAAUAUCCAUAUCGAGUUGGCUCAUAUUUUAGGCCUGAUUCCCAUGUAUACGCCUACCAAGGCAGCUUCUAGGGGAGGAGAAGUAAUCAUGUGUAAUUAUGUGAUUCUUUUUAUAUAAAAAAAACUUUAUUUUUGGUCUAGGUUUCUGUGUUUGAAGAUAUAAGUCUAAAAAAAACUGAGAAUUCAAUUCUGUAAGAUAUACAGUUUCUGUGUAAAUGUACAUUCUAUAAGCAUAAAUCAAUGAAAUGCCUGCAAUAUAUUACCAUAUGCAACUAAACAGCUGCCUGUUUUGUUUAAAAGUAUAUUUCCACAAGCCAACUCUGUCACUGCUAUAUGCUUUGGCUGUAUCAAAUAAUUGCUUUCUUCUAACAUUAAUAAAAUGAAAAGAACUCUGCCUUUGAAACCGCUUUUGAUGGUUUGAUAUUGUAAAAUAACUUAAAAAUAUGGUUGAAAUGGAAUUACUGUAUUUAGAACUCCUGUACAACAUAGAUUAUAUUUCGUCAAGAUGUUCUUUGUUUUGUUCUCCUGAUUAGUCACUGGAGUUAAGGCUUGUGCUUCAAUAAAAAUGGCCUUUUUUCUGAUGUAAUAA